GGUGCGCUGGCACCAUAGAGACGUGGCUGGGCCAGGCCAGAUUGAGGGAGAGAGAGGCCGUCCAGGGCUCAGGACAACGCUACUUCCGGCCUCCUCACUUCCGGCUUCGCUGCUCUUGGUGCUGGUUCUGGAGGCCGGCUUGAGAGGUCGCGGGUCCCACCGUCCUCGGCGGUUGGUCAGUGUGAGCCUGUGACAGCUGCUGUCGCUCUCCGCCCCCGAGGAUCCGAGGUGCGUGGGGGGAAGGGAAGAAGGAAAAGGUCCGGGUCGCGUUUCCGCUCACUUCUUGCCAGGGUUGAGGCGAUUGCCGAGAGUAGCGGGCAGGAAUAAUCCUCUACUUGAGAACUACCGAGUUCCCCGCGGACAGGAAUCUACAAUGGCUCAAGAAUCUCCCAAAAAUUCAGCAGCAGAAAUUCCAGUGACUAGUAAUGGAGAAGUUGAUGACUCUCAUGAACAUGGCUUUAAUAGGGAUUUGAAGCGUUCAUUACCAUCUGGACUUGGUCUCUCAGAAACUCAAAUUACAUCUCAUGGCUUUGACAGUACCAAAGAGGGGAUUAUUGACGCAGGAGCAUUUCAAGGUUCCUCAGCACCACCACUGCCAUCUGUUAUGUCACCUAGCAGGGUUGCAGCUAGUCGACUUGCUCAACAAGGAAAUGAUUUAAUUGUUCCUGCAGGUGGCCAGAGAACACAGACAAAAAGUGGACCAGUUAUUUUAGCAGAUGAAAUUAAAAAUCCUGCAAUGGAAAAGCUAGAACUUGUUAGAAAGUGGAGUCUAAACACCUAUAAGUGUACUCGACAGAUUAUUUCUGAGAAGCUAGGCCGUGGCUCAAGAACUGUGGACCUUGAACUUGAAGCUCAGAUUGAUAUAUUAAGAGAUAACAAGAAAAAAUAUGAAAAUAUUUUAAAACUAGCUCAGACAUUGUCCACCCAGCUUUUCCAGAUGGUGCAUACCCAAAGGCAACUUGGAGAUGCAUUUGCUGACCUGAGUUUGAAGUCACUAGAACUUCAUGAAGAAUUUGGCUAUAAUGCAGAUACCCAGAAACUGCUGGCUAAAAAUGGAGAGACUCUUCUUGGAGCCAUUAACUUUUUUAUCGCUAGUGUGAACACUUUGGUGAAUAAAACAAUUGAAGAUACAUUAAUGACUGUGAAACAGUAUGAAAGUGCCAGGAUUGAAUAUGAUGCAUAUCGUACUGAUUUGGAAGAACUGAAUCUUGGACCACGUGAUGCAAACACUCUGCCAAAGAUUGAGCAGUCACAGCAUCUGUUCCAAGCACAUAAGGAAAAAUAUGAUAAAAUGCGCAAUGAUGUUUCUAUCAAAUUGAAGUUUCUAGAAGAAAAUAAGGUUAAAGUAUUACACAAUCAGCUGGUCCUUUUCCACAAUGCCAUUGCUGCAUACUUUGCCGGCAAUCAGAAGCAGCUUGAACAGACACUUAAACAGUUCCAUAUCAAAUUGAAAACCCCUGGAGUGGAUGCCCCGUCUUGGCUUGAAGAACAGUAGAAUUACACCUGGAGAAAAAAAGAAGUCACAUUGUUAUAUUUCUAAACAAACCUAAUCAGAAUGAAACAGAGUUGGGGGAAGUGGGGAGGGUGACACCCAUUGUAGUGAUUACUGCACAAACAGCUUUAAUUUUUCCCUUUUUCAUACUUUAACAAUUGAACUAUUAAAUUUGGUGGGAAGAUGGGUGAUUUUAAUGUAAACAUAGUUUCUAUAAUAUGAACAUGAUAAUUUUCCUUUUUGAGAAAUCCUUUUGUAUUGUGAGGGUUGACAGCUAUUUCUGUAGUCUGAAAACAUCUAAUAUAGAUUUGCACUGACAAGAUAACAACUUAAGGCUUUCGGUCCUGGAACUGAGGGCCAGCUGUAACUUUUCCAAAGGGAGGUUUACAUGAUUUGUAUCAACAUCAGAUAUUUUAUAUAUGAAUAUAUUAAACAUCUUUAAGAGAUUCAUUUUCAUGUAUUGUCUUAAAGAAAAACUAUUUUGCAGAGUAAAAUUAUAUGGUGUCUGCAGCAUCCACACAGAAGCAGCAGCUCUAAAGAAUGACUGGUUUACUUGUGGAGUUGUGGCAAACCCCUUUUUAAAAUGAAUCUGUACCAUUAUAAUUUUGUUUAGGCUUUUUUUUUUUUUAAAGACACAGGAAUCAUGCUGUUGUUUCUGUGAGGCUUUUUAAGUUUAUGAAUUUGCAUCACCCAAAGUCAUUAGGCGGUUGUCUGCAAUUUCUUUUGAUUCAUAAUGAAACCUGCUUAAGAGAAUUUUUUUUUUGAUAAGUGGACUUGGGAAUGGAAAUUCUUGAUGGUUUCUAGAGUAGAAAUCUGUACUUAGGAAGCUAGUUUUGGAAUAAAUUCCAUUUUGAUAGAAGAGAAUACCUUAGACAGUUUUUAUUGACUUCCAUAUGUACCAAUACCGUUUAAGCCUUAAAUCACAGAUAUGUGCCUUCUCAGAUACAGUCAUUCUUGUUCAACUAAUGUAUAUAAUUCAUGAAGAAACCCUUUGGAAACAUUUGAGGUGUCUGUUCCUUCCUUGGAAAGGAGCACCGUGUAUAAAUGUUGGGUUUCUUUGUACUUGUUAAACCACAUUUGAGAUUUAUGGUAAAAAUCUUCUUUUCAGUUUGUGGUUUGGUUUUUCUUGAUUCCUUUUGAGGAAUGGGAAGAGAAGGACUUUUUCAUCCGGGUAAUGAGAAGGUUAUUGGGGCGGUGUGGCGCGGUACAAGGGGGAAGGAAGACAGGAAGGGCCAGUACUGUCUGUUUGCUCCACACCGCUGGGUUUGUGUGAUGGUGUUGCGCUGUCCACUGUGUGGUGUGUCAGUAAUGUAAUCUUUUUUAAGUGUAAAGUUCUUUUGCUUUUUGUCAUAGACAUAAAUUAAUAUUUUGAGAGAUAUUGCCUCACCUGUUCAUUUCUGUGUUGAAAUGAAGUACUUAAAAUUACCGUUAUACAGGAACUUUGUGAACUGUAAGAUUUGUUAUAUAUGUUCAAAUGCCUUUUAGCUGGCUUUUUAAUUAAUAUGCCUGUUCUGAGUGCUUAAUACAAUGUAAUGUGAUUGUAAAUCAUAAGCCUAUUUUAAAUCAUUCCUUCCUGUAUAUUUGUACUCUCAGAGAGCCUUAUUUUAUUCUUCCAGCAGAAUUACUACUUGUGAUAGUUCAUUUACAUUCCCCAGAAUGUGCCUCUGGUGUGAAUUUUGUAUUCUUAUUAAAAGUGUUUGCUGCAAAA